CAUUGUUCUUCCUUUGGGUCUUUCUAUACUCUGGAAAAUUGGGAGUGCUAUAAAAAGAGAGUUAAGUCAUAACAGUAAUAAGAAGCCUUCCAUUUUGUGUAGCACUAUUGCACAUUAUUGCAUUUACCAAAAUUUCUAAGUGGGUCAAUGGGAACAAGCAGAUUGAGACUGAGAGCUAUGGUGCUUCUUCUCUACAUGACUUUAGCAUCUGUUUCUCUCACUCGUUGUGAUGCAGAUAGAUCAAUGAGACUAGUAUUGAAAGGCCCUAAUAAACAUAGAAGGAACAUAACCAACAAUAAGAUCACAAAGAAAUUGAAAAUGACAAAGAAAAUUGACCUUAACCCAAACACAUUUUCAUCAAACGCACAACCAUAUAGUGUUAGCUCCCCAUUUUCUUUGCCACCUUAUGAAUCACUACCUCCAGUUCCAUUACCAGACAGCAAUAACAACCCUCCAUAUUGUGUGUAUCCACCUCCAACUUCACCUUCAGCCAACAUUCCAACCCCCACAGGGUAUCAAUCAUCACCCCCUUACUAUUACUCCUCACCAACAAUUCCAACCCAAGGCCCACCACCAAGCCCAACAACAAUCAUUACCCCAGGCCCACCUGAGUCAUUCCCUAGCCCAACAACAAUUAUCCCAGGCCCACCUGAGUCCAUCCCCAGCCCAACAACGCCUGACAUUGUUCCAAGCCCACCAGAGAAUGUGCCGGGCUCACCGGAGCCCAUAGAGAAUCCCCCAAUUAUUAUACCAGGCCCACCUGGCCCAUCAAUGAGCCCGCCUUCUUUUGAGCCCACCCCACCGUACUACAUUCCGUCCCCUUCUAGCGGUGGUGUCAACCCUGGCCCACCAACUAUUUAUCCGUCACCAACCGGAGGCAACGUCCCAAGCCCGGUAGUGUUUCAGCCGCCCGUGAUCUACCCACCACCAAGUGUUCCACCACCGCCGAACAUGGCUCCUAGCACGGCGUUGUGGUGUGUAGCCAAGCCAUCAGUCCCUGACCCAAUUAUCCAAGAGGCCAUGAAUUAUGCUUGCUGGUCAGGGGCAGAUUGCACUUCUAUUCAGCCUAGUGGGCCUUGUUUUGAGCCCAACACUGUUUUUGCACAUGCUUCAUAUGCUUUUAAUAGUUAUUGGCAAAGGACUAAGGGUGCUGGUGGCAAUUGUGAAUUUGGGGGGACAGCCAUGUUGGUUGCUGUUGAUCCAAGUAAGUAG